AUGGAGUUAAGCUUCAUUCAAAGCAACCUCAACCAUUGCUGUGCAGCACAAGACCUGAUCUCGCAAUACAUGGUUGAGGAAAAAAUUGAUAUAGCGCUCUUAAGCGACCCUUACAUAGUGGCUAUCGACUCAAACGUCUGGCUCAAGGGCACAGGACAAUGCAGGGCAGCCAUCUACGUUGCGAGUAACGGCGUGACAAUAGGCAAUGUACUGCGUGCCACGGAGUUCGUCUCUGCAAGGCUUAAUGGUGUGCAAGUAUAUUGCUGCUACGCGUCACCCAACCAGACGUUGCAAGAAUUUGGUGACAUGCUCUACCAGCUGGGGGACAGCAUAAGGGCUACCCAACGAGAUGCACCCGUCCUCAUUACAUGGGACUUCAAUGCCAGAUCCGCUGCUUGGGGCGAUUGGGUGAACAACAAGAGAGGCGAUGAGCUUGGAUCACUGUUUGAGUCCCUCAACCUUGUCAUCCUGAAUGAAUGCUCCACACCCACCUUCGCCAGAGGCGCUGGGUCGAUCGUCGACGUCUCGGCAGCAACGGAAUCCUUGGCAUGUCGUGCUCGCAAUUGGAGGGUAUUGGAUUCAGUUUUCAAUUACAGCGACCACCAUUAUAUCCGCUUCUCCCUAACUCACAAUCAAACCGUUGACUCAGCGAACACCGAUCCUGCCACUCCCCCUGUCUUCCGUGGCUGGGAUACUUCUGGUGGUAUCGAUAGGGACACACUCCACACCGGCCUGCUGCUCGCUGAACGGCUCGAUCAAGGAAACAACUACGAAGAGCAAGCCCCCGAGCUAAGAUCAGUAUCCUUGCGGUCAAGGAUCACGGCUGCAUGCAAUUUUGUCCUACCCGCCAGGCGAACCCCUAAAUAG